AUGUGCGGCAGCCCCGGGAGACGGCAGCGGGGGCUGGGGAAUGCCGGUCCCGGCAACGUGAGCCGGGCUCAGCGCUGGCGCAAUGAGAACUACGAGCGGCCCGUGGACCUGGAGGGCUCUGGGGAUGAUGACCCCUUUGGAGAGGAUGAGCUGGACGACAUCUACUCCGGCUCUGGCUCGGGCUAUUUCGAGCCGGAGCCGGGGCUGGACACGGCCGUGAGCCUGACCACGGACACGCUGGUGACCCUGCCCACCACGGCGGCCGUGCUGCCCGUCACCGCUGCCCAGCCCGUGGCAACGCCCCUGGAGCCGUCCCCCACCCCCCAGGACACCACCCCCGGGCAGGCCACCAGCGCCUUCCUCAUCCCCAGGACCACAGAAGCACCAGUGGUGCCCAGCUGGAAAGCCACCACCACCAGCAGCAGCAGCACCACGGCCAGCGAGCUCCCAACCGCCACGGCCACCACCACCACCACCACCAUGGCCACCACCACCACCACCACGGCCACCACCACCACCACCACCACCACCACCACCACGGAGGCCACCACCACCACAAGCAGCACCACCGUGGCCACAGCCAAGCCCACCACCAUCCGGAGAUUCCUGCCCCCCUUGGCCACCAAGGCGGCCACCACCCGGGCCACCACCCUGGAGACCCCCACCACGCCCGUCCCCGAAACCAGCACGCCGACAGAGGUGGCCACGUCGCGCCUUGUCCCCACCAGCACGGCCAAGCCCAGGGCCCUGCCAAAGCCCAGCACCUCGAGGACUGCAGAGCUCCCCGAGAAAAGCACGGCUUUGCCACCCACGGCCACCACGCUGCUGCCCACAGAGGCCCCCCAGAUGGAGCCAGGGGAGGUGACAGCAGCCCCCGACAAGGAGCCAGAGGUGCCGGCCAGCAGCGGCCCCAGCGGGGACUUCGAGAUCCGGGAGGAGGAGGAGACGACUCGUCCCGACCUUGGGAACGAGGUGGUGGCUGUGGUGACACCACCAGCAGGGCCAGGGCCUGGCAGGAAAGUGGAGACGGGGCUGAUGGACAACACGAUAGACUCGGGCAACUCGGCUGCUCAGCUGCCCCAGAAAAACAUCCUGGAGAGGAAAGAGGUGUUGAUAGCGGUGAUCGUGGGUGGCGUGGUGGGCGCCCUUUUUGCCGCCUUCCUGGUGAUGCUGCUCAUCUACCGCAUGAAGAAGAAGGACGAGGGCAGCUACACCCUGGAGGAGCCCAAGCAGGCCAACGUCACCUACCAGAAGCCCGACAAGCAGGAGGAGUUCUACGCGUAGACGGAGAGCCCGGAGUGCCUCACGCUUCCUCCCUCCCUCCCUGCUCCAAACCCUCCCCCUCCUCUCCUCCAUCCAGUCUCUCUCUCCCCUCCCUCCUCUCUCUCUUUUUUUGGGAUCAGACUGUGAAUUUUUAAAAGCAAAACCCACAGCGGCUGAAGGAGGAAACGCAUCCUUGGCAUGGGGGGCACGGGGUGCCCGGAACAGCACCACAGUCACACCGAGCACCCCAAGGUGACACCAAGCACCGCUGAGGUGACACCGGGCAUUGCUGUGGUCACACUGAGCAGCACCACGGUCACGCCGAGCACCCCAA